CUUUAUCUCCUAUCCAAUUUACAAUGGGCAUCCCCACGCUGCACAUUUCCGGCAUAGUCGUUUUGAUCAUGUUUUGCUUUUCUGGGAGCCAGAGCUCGGGGGAAAUGGUAAGAACUGUGAAUGACGAGAAAAUAUUAGACAUCGGUGUGAUUCUCAAUUUGGGCUCCUUGGUUGGCAAGGAAGCUCGGGCAGCUAUAGAAAUAUCUAGCCAAGACUUCAACUCCAUUUCGAGAGGCUACAAGCUAAAGCUUCAUCACGAGAACUCGGGUGGAAAGCCUCUUCUGGCAGUAUCUUCGGCUGAAAAGCUCAUCAAGAGGAAGAAAGUGAAGGCUAUUAUCGGCUUGGAGACGUGGAAGGUAGCCGAAUUAGUAGCUGAGCUCGGCAAUCGAUUUCAAGUCCCCAUGAUCUCCCUGGCAGGAAACCAAUUUGGAAGGAUGAUACCAGGAGUAAUUCAAAUGGUUAGUAACAAGUCUGAACAGCUCAGGUGCAUGGCGAAUAUCGUCAGGACUUAUAAUAGGCAUCGAGCGUCGAUAAUUUAUGAGGACAUGUACGAUGACAAUUAUUCGUUGUCAUUGUAUCUGUCAAAGGAGCUUCAUAAUGCCGGGUCUGAGAUUGAAGAACAAGUCGUCCUCCCACCAUAUUCCUCACUAUCCGAUCCGGCAUAUGUAGUUAAACAGAAGUUAGGGAUGUUUAAGGGAAAAUUGUCCCCAGUUUUUAUCGUUCUUGAUUUGUCUUUGCCAAUGGCAAGUCAUCUGCUCAAAGAAGCAAAGCAGAUGGGAUUUUUUAGAGGAGACUCAAUUUGGGUUCUCUCAGAAUCAGUGUUGAACCUCUUAAAUUCAGUCCAUUCAAAUGUCACCUUCUCCAUGAGGGGUGCAAUUGGAGUAGUGACAGACCUCCCUAGGAAGAACAAACAGUACUUGGAUUUCAUUCACAAGUUCCAUCGCAAAUUAAAUCACGAGGCUCGUGAUUCUAUGCCGGGAAUUCAUGUCCUCCGAGCAUAUGACUCCAUUACAAUGGUAACCAAAGCCAUGGACGGAGCAUCCAGUAGUGCCGAAAUCACUUCAAAACUUCUCAUGAAGAGAAUGUUGCAGAGCAAAUUCGACGGCCUGAGCGGGCAAGUCGCAUUUAUAGAGGGCCAGAUAUUGAACCCGAGAAAACCGAAAUUAGUAAGCAUCAGCGAUGGGACGAAAUUAUUAUACAAAGACCUCAACAUAUGGUCGCCUCAGAAUGCGUUAUCCGCUGCUAAUAAUGCCGUGCCAGAGCUAAAACAUGGCAUCAAGGAGUCUAAAGGAGGGGAGGCAACGUGCUCUGUCAGUGAUGUUCAUCUCUCUGGUCCGAUGAAGAUUGGGGUGCCACGCCAUACACCCUUUGAUAAGUUCGUGAAGGAGGUCAAUGAUUCAAGUGGGAAGACACUGUAUAUCGGUUUUUGCAUUGAAGUUUUUGAGAGCAUUCUUUCAGUUUUGAAAAGCACCUCGGCCCAAACCUUUGACGACUACCAUUUUGUUCCUCACAAUGGAUCGUAUGAUGAUCUGGUUCAGGAAGUCCAUAACAAGACUUAUAAUGUGGCGGUCGGGGACAUAACUAUCCUCGCCAAUCGCUCGGAGAAUGUCGACUUCACCCAACCAUUCAUGGAGUCGGGGCUAUCGAUGAUAGUAGUGGCAGAACCGGACAAGACGGAUUCAUUGAUCUUUCUGAAACCUUUCACCCCAACCAUGUGGUUAGCUUCUGGUGGUGUAUUGAUCUUCACUAUGUUGACAGUUUGGUUCCUAGAGCGCUCUAAAAGCCCGGCGUUUCAAGGCAAGAAGUUGACUGAUCAGCUUGCUACUGCACUUUGGUUCACUUUCUGUUCUCUCUUCCACGCCCAUGGGGAUAUAAUAUAUCGAAACUUGACCCGAAUAGUCCUCGUGGUCUGGUUCUUCGAGGCAUUGAUCCUGACUCAGAGCUACACGGCCAGCCUGACCUCGAUGCUGACAGUCCAAAAGCUGAAGCAGAACCAGAUCACGAUGGAGUGGCUGAAGCAGAACAACGCGAGGGUGGGCUGCGACAACUCUACCUUCGUGUGCGAUCUCUUGGAGAGAGCCCAUAACUUCAGAAAAGACACCAUUGUUGGGAUUAACAAUUACACAGAGUUCCAUGAGCAAUUGAACAAUGGGAUUAUUAAGGCCAUUUUCGUAGAGUACCCUUACGAAAGGGCUUUCUUAACUCGCUACUGCAGUGGCUUCUCGGUCACGCACCAGUCGUACAGAUUCGGAGGAUUCGGCUUUGCGUUCGAGAAAGGCUCUCCAUGGACCAAAAAGUUCUCCGAGGCAAUCUUGGAACUUUCGGAGAGCGGAAAGCUCAAACAGAUGGAAGACAAAUCGUUCCAAAAGGAAUGCCUCAUGGAGAAAGCGAAUGCCACGGCAUCCUCAGACUCGAAGACCCAGAGCUUAGGCCUUGGAAGCUUCUGGGCUCUCCAUGUCUACUCCCUAGGCACUUCUGCGCUUUGUUUGCUGCUCUCUUGGUUCCGCUCGAGAAGGAACGGCGACAGUGGCCAUGCAAACAUUGCCGAUGGACAGCCAAACGGGGCUUCACAACGGGAGCACCGGAACCUCGAGAUGGAUGAACUCCACGACCAAACUAGAUGACACCAAGACAACAUUCUCGUAUAUAUUAAAUUUUUAUUUGCUUUAUCAGUUGUAGUUAACCCGUUAUAGUUUUAUUGUAUAAUUGAUGUUUAUUUUAAAAUAUUGAAAAUCAUAUUAUAUAAUGAAUAAACAUAUUAUGAUAACAAUUGAAUUUUAUUCAAUGCACUUUUUCGCAAA